UGCUGCUGCUGGUGCUGCUUUCAUCCGUGUGAAAAAUGUUAUCCGCUAUUUGGCGUCGGAGAAGUGACCACCAGUCUAACUUCAAUAAACAAAACUUAAGUCUCUUUCCGUGAGUUAGACACUGUAAACGUCUUUAAAGUUUUUGUGAGCCAUGAUCUGAGGUGUGAAGCCUGCUUUUCCUUUGUGGACAUAAACCGCACUCACUCUCCCCAGUCAUGUCUCAGCCUGAGUCCCGGGCCACUGUGUCAGACUGGUUAUGCAUGCUUCGACUGGAGCAGUAUUCUGAGGCAUUUAGGAGUGCUGGGUUGACAACAUUAGGACAGUGUCGCAACCUCACACCAGAUCAGCUGGAGCAGAUGGGCAUCACCCUGCCGGGACACAGGAGACGCAUUCUGGCCAGCUUAAACAAAACACUUGGUAAUGUGGAUACAAAAUCUGACACACAGUAUCACCUUGGACAGUCUGAGAGGGAUUUGAGAUCUGAGGAAACAGGACUUGGUAAAGUGCCACAGAGAGACAGACCUGUGCCUGUCCCAGUUCCCAGGGAGAGGCAAGUUUCCAGGAUGAAAGAAGAAAGUGGAGACGGAGCAGAGAAGACGCCAGUACCUGUACAAAGACCAACAGCACAGAGAGGAGAGGUAGAUGAAGAGAGAGAUGGAGGGAAAGAUGGAAAAAGGGAGAGGCCUGUGCCUAAAGAGAGGACUAAGUUCCGCAGUAGUCCUCCAGUGGACUGCCAACCCUGUCCCCAAAUUUCUCCCACUACUGACACCUCUUUACCCCCUGUUCCUCCACGGAGUACUCCCAACUGUCCACCACAGCGCUUCACCUCCCCCGUGAGCCCCUUGCCGUCUCCUCGUGCACCUGCAUCACCCAAACUGGACCAACGUGACAUCUUAGCCACACCUGUGCAGAGUAGAUCUGUGUCCAAGGGUCCCACUCCAACCAGCACCCCUACCCAUACCCCCACGCAUGCCCCUCUCCAACCUCCAAGUUUCCCCUCAUCCCCAGCUCGGCCUCAAACACUAGACAUUCAGUCACCAUCCCAUCAUGUGGGCAGUGAUGGAGGGAGAAGGACCUCACCUGCAUCCCCCAAGGCGUCCCCCAGCAACGACAGAAAUGCUCCACCUCUUCCUCCCAAAACAAGUUCAGGACCAAAAGGCCCUCCACCAGUCCCACAGCGAAUUCCUGCACAGUUCCCCAGAAAAAACAGCCCCUCUCCUACACUCCCCACCAGGACGGUUGUCGAUGACUCGCAGAGAGAACAAACUCCUCUGGUCCCAGCUCGCAUCAGGACACCUCAAACUCAAGAAAACACACAACAGUCAACUCAAGCUGACCCUCAGAAGACCCUGCCCGAUAAGAGGGUGUCUCAACCCCCUCUUGAAUUCAGGUUAGAUUCCCUCAAGGAUGACUCUGAUGACUACGAGGACCCAGACCUGUUUUACCCCGGUGUUUCUUGCAUGAACAGAACCGACAGGGAUAUGUCCUUGCAAGUUCCCAUACUGCCAAAGGGACGGUACAGUUCUCUGUGCAGUGAUGAUGAGCAGCUGGAUGAUGAUGAGACUACCCUAUGGCAGGAUGAGGUUCUCAGUAACACAGGUAGCGUCUACCUGCCAAACUCCGGCAGACUGGCUCAGGCUGCAAAAGAAGACAGCUCUCAGCUUGCUGCUGUCAUCAAGAUGGGCUGGCUGGACAAGAAUCCACCUCAGGGGGCUCUUUACUAUCAGAGACGAUGGGUAAAGUUGGAUGUUGACUACCUGAGAUACUUUGACAAUGACAAGGAGGUGUAUUCAAAGGGGAUCAUUUCUACUGCCUUCAUCACUAAUGUCAGUAGUGUGGGAGAGCUGAAGUUUGAGGUGGUCACGAACAACCGAACAUUUAUCUUCAGAGCUGAAAGUGAAGCGGAAAGAAAUGAAUGGGUGACUGUAAUGCAAGACUGCACCAGGGGGCGCCAUCUACGCAACACCAUGAAUCCUGGCUCACCUUUGGCCCCAGACUUUCAGGGCUAUCUGGAACUAAGGGGGAUCCGCUCAAAGCUUUAUACUGUUGUAGCCUUAGACAAAGUUUUCCUGUAUAAAAACAUAGAGGACUAUCGGCUAGGAGUGGGUAUUACGUCUAUUGAGAUGAACGUAGGAAAUGUCAAAGAAACAGAUCGCCGUACCUUUGAUCUCACCACGCCUUAUCGGAUAUUCAGUUUCAUCGCAGAGUCUGAGCAGCUGCGAGAGCAGUGGGUGGAUGCCAUGCGGGAUGCGAUAGGUGAGGCUUUGUCAAAUAGCGAGGUGGCGGAUCGGAUCUGGGCGGAGCCUAGCAACAGCCUCUGUGCGGACUGUGGAGCUCCAAAGCCAGAAUGGGCUGCCAUCAACCUGUGUGUGGUGGUCUGCAAACGAUGUGCAGGAGAACACAGAGGACUGGGUCCAAGUAUCUCAAAAGUUCGUAGUCUGAAGAUGGACAGGAAAGUCUGGACAGAAGAGCUCAUACAGGUGUUCCUGUUGUUAGGAAACCAGAAGGUAAACACAUUCUGGGCAGCAAAUGUCCCACCCAGUGAAGCCUUGACACCAUCUAGCUGCAGUGAAGAGAGGCGGCGCUUCAUCACCAACAAAUACCGCCAGGGCAAAUACAGGAAGUACCACCCUCUGUAUGGAAACCAGAGAGAGCUCAACAAUGCUCUCUGUAUAAAUGUGCAGUGCAGUGAUGUUCUUGAGACGCUGAGCCUGAUUUUCUGCGGUGCCGAUGUAAAUUGUUCAACUGGUAUGGCAAGUUGGCCCUCCCCUCAGUCCCUGGCCAACGCACACUCACAACCUUUACAGGCUGAACUAAUUAGCCACAAUCUUAACACAGAGCUGCCGAGGUCAGAGGUGGGCGGGGACAUGGAAGCGCUUCAUUAUUUACCACAACCUUGUGUUUCGCACAAUGGAUUCCUGUUCAAGACUGCAUCCAUGGCUCGGGCUGUCAACGAGCGCAAGUCCAAAGAGGAAUUCAGUCGCCGCUGGUGCACACUCAAUGAUGGCACCUUCAGCUACUAUGAAAGUGACAAGAACUCAAAUCCUAAUGGAGCUCUGAAGGCAACAGAAAUAGUCUGUUUGGCUGUGGACGUUCCUGAGAGACAUGGGUAUGACCACACCUUUGAACUCUACUCAGAGUCAGAGCGUCUCUACCUGUUUGGCACUGAUGACCCAGAAAGCCACAAGGAAUGGGUCAAGUCUAUUGCAAAGACCUUCAUCCCAGCAUCUGCAGAGCCAUUACUGAGGUUAGGCUUUGAGCGGAUCGGGCGGCUGAAGUGUAAAGACGGUUUGAACCUACAAACAUCCAAGGUCGGCUGGUUUGCUUUGGUGGGCUCCACGCUUCAUGUCUACUUGGCUGAUAGCCAAGGAGAGGAGAUCCACCUCCGUAAACUCAAUGAACUCUCUAUUCAACAAGACAAUGAGGUGCUGGUUCUGGUGGAGAAAGGCAGAACUCUGUACAUUGAAGGAGAGAGGAAGUUAGACUUUGCUGGCUGGUGCGGCGCCAUCCAGGCUGCUGCAGGGAGCGGGGGAGACACUCUGAGCCAGCAGCAGCUGACAGAGACAGACAUCCCUGUCAUAGUACACAGCUGCAUCGACUACAUUACACAGUGUGGCUUGACAUCAGAGGGGAUCUAUCGAAAAAGUGGUGUGAAUUCCCGGGUGGCAGCGCUGUGUGAGAGAUUCCGUCAGGAUGCUCGCAGUCUCCGUCUGAGGGAAGGAGAGCACCAGGUGGACGACGUCUCCACUACACUCAAGCGCUUCUUCAGGGAGUUAGAGGAGGGACUAUUCACAACAGAGGAUGCCAGGACCUGGCUCAGUACUGCUGCCAUGCAGGAUGAAAGUAUGAAAAUCUCCCAGUACAAGAUGCUUGUGAAGAGACUGCCGCAUGUCAACAGGGCGACACUACAGGCCCUUAUCAACCACCUCUAUUGUGUGCAGUGUUUCUCUGAGCUGAACCAAAUGAACCUCCAUAACUUGGCUAUAGUAUUUGGUCCCACGCUUUUCCAGACAGAUGGGAAGGACUACACUGCUGGCCGCGCCAUAGAGGACCUCAUACAGAACUACACACUCAUCUUUGAGGUUGAUGAGCAGCAGCUACAGAGGCAGCUAAAGGAGAUUACUGUUAUCAUCCAAGUGCGAGAAAAACUCAACAUGAAGUUUCCUAGCACUGAACCUGGAGGUCACUUCAUCUGCACAGUUUACCUGGAGGAGAAGAGUGAUGCAGCAGAGCAACAUGUCAAGAUCCCUGGUUCUAUGACAGCAGCAGAGCUGACCUGUGAGGUCCUAGACCGGCGUAACAUCCCAGCUAAAGAUAAAGAGUACUGGAGCUGCUGGGAGGUCAGCGACAAGGAAGAAAUGGAGCGCCCUCUGCACUAUCAGGAGAGAGUAUUACCCAUCCUUCACUCCUUUGGGACUGAUUCCCAUCUACUCAUAAAGAAGCACCUCGCUAUGGACACGAUGGUCAUCUAUCUUGCGAGUAAAGUGGAUGCUGCCAAACAUGGGAAUAUGAAAUUCAGAGAAGAGCGAAGCAUCUUGGGAUUAGGACUAUCUUCUGGGAGUUUCCAUGACCGAUAUUUCAUCCUCAAUUCCAACUCACUGAGAAUGUACAAGGAAAUCAGAAGUAACCGUGCAGAACGAGAAUGGCCGGUGAAAAAUCUCAAAGUCUACCUGGGUAUUAAGAAGAAACUCCGUCCUCCGACAUGUUGGGGGCUGACAGUGGUGUAUGAGAGUAAGAAACAAGAGAAACCAGAGAGACAGCAGUGGUAUCUCUGCUGUGACACACAGUCAGAGAUGAGGGAAUGGUAUGCUACUUUUUUCAGCAUCCAGUACGAUGGCGACAUUUGGCCUCAAGAUGGACUCAAGAAGACACGUGUGAACCGCACAUUGGCAACAGACACGCGUCAUGGUAACGUGUCACUGAUUCCGCUGCGUGGCAGUGAGAAUGAGAUGCGGAACAGCGUUGCGGCUUUCAGCCAAGACCCGCUUGCUCUCUUUAGGGAUGUUCGAUAAUGGUUGCUAAAAACAGGUAAGAGAGUUUCAAAUAAAUGUAGGAGCAUAGAGAAAUGUAGCACUUAAAGUGAAUUAUCAUAAAAUCUGUGUGAUUAAGCUCUCAGAUCAUUUAUAGCCUCAUACUUGUGACUGCAUGUAUCUGCUCUCUGACCCUUCCUUUUUGAGCCCACCUCCUCUCAGCAGUUAAAUUUCUGGUUGCCAUGGCUAUACCAGACACUUAUAGUCCAGGUGAAAUUAUAAGUCUGACCUCUCAGGGUGCAUUGUGGUUAAACUGACUUUAGGUUUAAGCAUGCAAGCUAUAUAUUUGAGUCUGUUUUGAUACACGAAAGGUUGGAAUAGUCAGUAACAUUGCUUUAUUGAUUUCUUUGCUCCCUAAAGGAUGGCUGGUCAGCUUUGUCAUUCCAGUGACAUCAUCAUUCUGUGACAUCAUCAUUCUGUGACUGUAGGGACCAGAAUGAUGGACAUUCUCGCUCUAAGUGUGUUAUGGCCUCUACACAUGAACUGGACCAUAAAACAAAAGGAUUAAUUGUUCAUUAUAAACUUCCACUGGUUUCCUGCUCAGAGGAAUUUUACUUGUUGACCAGAAGCGGACAGUUUAAAGGGCUACAAUCAAGAUUUCCUGACUGGCAUUGUGCAGGAAGUCUGUGCCGCACAUUCCACUGUUUCCACUGUUUUGUGGCAUUGAAUCAAUCACUGCAUUGCCUUAUGGGACACAGGCAUGAAAGACAUGCUGAAGGACACCUUUAUUCCUGAUUUUAUAAUGUUUCUGAAAAGACUUAGGCACUUGCAUUGAGUGCUUAGUUUUGUUUUUAGUAGGAGAUUGAAGUUCUUGUUUUGUUUUUAUAGCUGAAUCAGACUUACAAAUAUUUAAUUCUAGCACUUGUUCUCUGCUUUUGAGCUCAGAGGCAAAAAUGAGUUCAGAGAUGACCGUGGCCGGAUUUGUUCCAGAGUUUGUUCCACUUGGACCAGGAUCAGGAGUUAGAGGAGAACUUAGGAGGUGCAGGUGAUGGAUCCUCGUUCUUCUGCAGGAGUUUUGCCGGUACUCUUCAAAUCGUGGUUAGAGUUUCUGAGUUUUGCUUGUAUCUUCUUUUAAGUACGUGUGUGAAUGAGAAAUGUGUGAAAUGUUGUAUGAGACUGUGAUUUUGAAGGCAUGAAGGAAGGCAAAAAUAUCACUUUUUUUAGAAUUAAAAGUGUUACUCUGGGCCAAAUAGUUUUUAAUUUGUGAAAUAUUUGCUAAAAUAAAUUACUCUUGCCACUUACUCUAAAUCAAACAACCUCAGUGGAGGUCAGUAUCACCAAAUCAAAGCAUUAGUUCUGCCCUGGCCUGGUCUUUCAUUAUAUCGUCACUGUACUCUCCAUGUCUUCAGCACCAUCUCUUCUGUGUGUCCACUGUUAAAACCUGUGCUGAAUAGAGGUCAUAUAAUGUGCAUAUAUAGGCAGUUUUCCUAUUGAUUGCAGUAUUUAUGAAGUUUUACAUCAUGAUUUAGUCACAUGGGAAUAAACAUUUUCCUUAUGCACAAAGUGUAAUCUUUGCAGCAGUACCUUGGUCUGUUUUCUUCUGCAGAUCCUGACCACAGUGUUCAAAAGCUCCAUUAAAAACAUGUGAAGUGGAUUUAAAUCUUCUACCACUUUUUCUACUGUAGUUAUAUAUGUGUAUAUAUAUCAGAAGAGCCUUGAAACAAUGUGCAAAAACCUGUCAACAGUUGCCUUACAAGCUGCAAUGAGAUUCCCUCUUCACCACCUUGUUACCUAAGUGACACCUUGAAGUGUUACAAGCCAUAAAGUUUCCUUUUUUAUUCAGACAGCAGAUGGAACAUCUUUAUUUUCUACUUAAUGAUAGUUUGAAACACUUUUAUGCAGUUUUUAAGUAAAUUGUAUUCAUGCUGUGUGGAUGAGAGCAUGUGCAUGUGUGCCCUCAAGCUCAGACAUGAGCAGGAGCAGAGUAAACUGUUCUGUAAUAUAAUUAUGCUCCACAGAGAUAAUAUUCAUCUUUUCUCUGUGCUUUUUCCCUUUUUUUUAUUGUUUUCAACAUUGAAUCACAGUGGAUUUACCAUGAUGUAAUCUAAAUUUAUGACGUGUAAAUGAUCUGAUAAAUGUCAUAGUACUGAUAAUGAGAUAGUGUCAGAUGAAAACUGGAAGCAAUUAUUUAAAAACUAAUAAAACACAUAAGUUUAACAUUGCUAUCAGCUCAUAUUGGUCCUCUUGACAGACAUCUGCCCACUGGCAAAAAAUGUGGCAUGAACCAGUGUCAGUAGCA